AUGUCUCUUGACCCGCAUAUGAUCGAAUGGGGGUUCCGUUCACUUCCGAGGCGUCCCGCGGGGCCCCGUUGCCAGCGGCGGGCUACGGUUCGCACGUCUGAGCCAGCGACGACGGCUGCCUCUUCACUGGAGAGUCUGCACCAGCCAGGGCAAGCGGUACUUGACCAAACGCAUGAUCCUAUGGGGCAGGGCGAGGAAGGCGCCCACGCCUCUGGUUCAAGUCAGCGUUUGUGUCGGGACUCUGGUGCUCACCACGUCCCGGAGCGAACGGAGGAGCAGCCUGAGGCACUCGACGCGUUCCCGGUUGCGAUCGCCGAGGCGAGCAUUCUAGACUCGCGUGGCCAGUUUACGUAUCUUGACCACACUGCCGACGUCAUGAUCCAUGCGUGGUCGAGCUCAUUGCCUGGGGCGUUCGCCCAGUGCCUGCUGGGACUCUACGGGGUCAUGCUCAACGUGGAACAAGUGCGUGCGCGCUUGGAUGCGAGUCCGCAAACGUGGAGCGCUCGGGGUCACGAUCUCAAGAGUCUUCUGUACGACUUUCUGUCCGAGGGUCUAUAUCGAUUUCACGUGGACGGCUUCGUGGCUGCACGAGUGCUGGUGACGGCGUGGCAAAUACCAGUCUCCGACAAAGAGUUAUUUCGAGAAAGCGAUUUAAAUGAUUCGGAAGGCCAGUUAACCGCUGAAGCUCGAGAAUCCUAUCAGAUGCAAGUCACUGCAUUCGGUGAGGCUUUUGACCCACAAAAACACGGCACUGGCACUGAGGUAAAAGCGAUCACGUACAGCGCAAUGACGAUUCGUAAACGAACACCGGCAGAGACAGCUGCCGACAACGACCCCGAGCGCGUUUACGAGGUUUUCGUUAUCGUGGAUAUCUGA